AUGAAGCGCAACAGGAACCUAUAUCCAGCGGUUGCAAUAAGGUGUAAACCGAGGGACGAUGAUUUCAUCAAGUUCCCCGAGGUAGUUCACCGCCAAGACGCGAUCGCGCGUAUCCCUUGCAUCUUUGCGCAAACCUUUCUGCGACCUCACUACCGCGCUAUGUCGUCGGGGAUCGACUGCCAGUCAUUAGAGUCAAGCCCACGCUUUCUUCUCCGCCAGCCGCGCGCGCUACAAUGGUUCGAGAACGGCCGAUUAAUGAAGCGCCAGGAGGGCGAACGGCAAGCUGGCCGAUUUGAGCUGUUCCUCGAUCUGCUCUAUGUUGCGAUCGUCUCUAGUUUUGCCGACACCCUCUCUGAGGAUAUUACUGGCGCCCAGCUCGUCAAGUACAUCCUCAUUCUCGCGCCGUCGUGGCAUGUGUGGGGCGAUUUGCGCGAAUUGAUGAACUCAUUCUAUCGGGAUGACGUUUUAGAGCGUAUACUCAUCUUGUGGAUCAUGGCUACGCUGGUUGUGUACGGCAACAACGCGCCGCUAGUGGAUGAGGAUAUUGGCGCAAUGCGCUCGACUGUCGGGGCAUACAUGGCUGCCCGCCUAAGCUGCACUCUUGCCCAUCUAUAUUACAGCUUUGGAGACUUCCGCCACCGACGCCAGCAGCGCCUCUGGGUUAGCCUCUCAACAGUCUGUCUCUGUGUUUACAUCCCGUUAUAUUUUGAGUCUGUCUCAAUUCGCGGGAAAAUUGCCGCAGCCGCAGUAGCUGUUUCACUCGAGGAACUCGCCUGGGCCUUCGCCUACUCCCCUGCAGCAAAAAAGAUGCUCCGUGUUAAAUACUCUACUGCAGUCGACAUACCUCACGAAGUCGAUCGAUUCGCCGCCUUUUACAUCAUCGUACUUGGCGAAUUCCUUUACUUGAUCAUUGUUGGAUCACCCGCUGCUGUUGGGUUAAACACUGGCCUUAUCCAUUCCAUCUGGACUCUGAUCAUUGCGUUCUGUUUGAACUGGCUCUAUCUUCAUGCUGAUUGCUCCACGGAUGGCGUACACCCUCUACGGCAUUCUGUAUAUACAGCCAUUCCUUGGGCUUUGUUUCAUCUACCUCUGGUUGCCUGUCUGUUAGCAGGUGGUCAUGUUGCUGCUGCUACUGCUACCAGUGAAAAAUUUGAAGACCCUGAACGGUGGCUUCUCUGCGGAGGAUUGGGGGCUGGCAUGCUCUUUCUGUACAUCCUAGCCCUGCUACAUGGUGCUAACGAGCAAUGUGGAGAUUUGAUUCUAAACAAGGUAAGCCAUCCACGCUACUAUUUUAUGGGAAAAUCCCCUAAUGUAUCGUCAACCAUCCAGCAAUUUCGGCUCAUCUUUCGGCCCAUUACGGGCAUUAUCAUAAUUCUUCUGCCACUGGCACAUCACCUCGAUGCCACCGAGGUUCUCUCCAUUGUUAUGGCUUUUUUUGUGAUCUGCGUCAUCUGGGAGACGGUAACCUCUCUCAAAAGGGGUGCUUGCUUCUGGGAAAAAUGGGAAGAUACAGAAUACCCGGAACGAGUGAAAAGUGUAGAGCGUGAGGCACAGCUUGAGCCACAGCUUGAGCCACAGCGUGAGGGGGAUUCCUUGGCUGCUUGA